AUGAGGUUCCUCUGUCUCCAUGGGUACCAGCAGUCGGCUGCAAUCAUGCAGUCCGAGACGCCGUUCCUGAAGCCGAUCUUUGAGCAAAUCGCAGGGGACAAAGUCGAUUUCCUCUACAUCAGCGCACCAUAUCUGUCGGUCCCAACAGCCUCGGGCGAACCAACAUAUGCAUGGUGGGACCCAAAAGACCCCGAGCGAACAUUCGGCUAUCUCUCCAGAGUCCUUGACGAGGAGGGGCCAUUUGACGGCAUCAUUGGAUUUUCGCAGGGCGCCACUGUUGCUUGCCUGCUUGCAGCGUUCUUGGAGAGGCCGAAGCGCAUGCGCCCCUCGACCUUCACCACCUUCCAUGGCCCACUACGGCUGGUCAUCUCGUACAGUGGCUAUCACGAGGAUGACGAGCGCCUGCAAAAAUACUACAAUCCCAUCAUCAAGACGCCAAUCUUCCACUUCAUCAGCUCCACCGACCCCGUCGUCGCAGAGGAGAGAUGCUUCCGCUUAGUGAAGAGAUGCGAGGACUCCAAUGACAGGGUUCUCGUGUAUCGGGGCUCGGGGUUCCAUCGGGUUCCCGCCACGAAGAUGACAUCGCAGGCGCUGUCGAGAAUCCUGGUUGAGGUGUUGGAUCCUGAUUAUUGUUGA